AUCGCGGGCCCGCCGAGACAGCUUGACGCGCAAUGACAGGUGGGGAACGAAACGAUGGAAAAACAAGCCAGGCUGCUGUCGUCGGAGCUUUGUGAGAAGCACAGACUGGUAGAAGUUGUUCUCAAUCGCAGUGUUUUGUCCUGGAAGGACGCUGACAGCGGCGGAAAGGGAAGCAACACCAGCUCUGAAACUGGCACCCAUGCUGUCCAUGUGUGUGAGAUCGUGGCGGUCUCUGCUGUCCAGGAAACCCAAGAUGACCAAACAAGCACGGAGGCCAAGAGGAGGGAGAGUCAGAAACAUGCACAGCAACACAACCAGCUGUAUCCCUAUGCAUUCACAGUUUUCUAUAUUAGGAGGAUGAGGCAGCACCGCUGGCUCUGCAGUGACAUCACCUUCCACUGCACCAAUCAGAGACUCUGUCAGCAAUGGAUUCAAACCAUCGACGAGCAGCUGUCAUUACUCAGCAAUCGACCCAAGAGCUUGCUGGUGUACAUCAAUCCCUACGGGGGGAAGCAGCUUGGGAAGCGAAUUUACGAGCAGAAGGUCGCCCCACUGUUCCACCUCGCCUCCAUCUCAGCCAAUGUGAUCGUUACGGAGUGUGCUAACCACGCCAGGGACCACUUGAAAAUGGAGGCCAAUCUAGAGAAAUAUGACGGGGUGGUGUGUGUGGGUGGAGAUGGGAUGUUCAGUGAGAUCCUGCAUGGACUCGUCGCCAGGACCCAGACAGAUCACGGUGUGGACCAGAACCAAUCCGAUGUGGACUUGGUGCCAUGUUCACUACGCAUCGGAAUAAUCCCUGCAGGGUCGACCGAUUGCAUUUGCUAUGCCACAGUUGGCAUCAAUGAUCCGGUGACUUCUGCUCUACACAUCAUUGUGGGAGAUUCACAGCCAAUGGACGUGUGCUCCAUCCACCACAACGACACCUUCCUCAGAUACUCAGUCUCACUGCUCGGUUAUGGUUUUUACGGAGAUAUGUUAACUGACAGUGAGAGGAAGAGGUGGAUGGGGCCUGCCAGAUAUGACCUGUCAGGGGUGAAAACGUUUCUCAGCCACAACGACUACGAAGGGACCAUCGCUUUCCUCCCUGCCGAGGACAACCAGGGGAACCCCAGAGACAAGCUGCAGUGUCGAUCUGGGUGUCAUGUCUGCCAACACAAAGCCCAGUCAGAGGACACGUCCUGCAAGACAUCCAUGGAUAAAUCAGAUCAAGAGAGCAGCGGCAAAUGGCGUGUGAUUCAGGGCAAAUUCAUCGCCAUCAAUGCAGCCAGUAUGAGCUGUGCAUGUCCCCGGAGUCCCAAGGGCCUGUCGCCGGCCGCCCACCUGGCUGACGGAACCACGGACCUCAUCCUAGUCAGGAAGUGUUCCCGCCUCGACUUCCUGCGACACCUCCUGCGACACACUAACAAAGAAGACCAGUUUGAUCACUCGUUUGUGGAGGUCCAUCGGAUUCGGAAGUUCCGAUUCCAGCCCAAGCAGCAGGAGGUGGAUUCGGUUAAGGACCCGAGUGAGACCAGAGAGAAGAGGACAUUCAGUUCCAUCUGCUCCACCUCUCCAGCCUUCAACUACGGGUCCGCCGACAGCAGCUGGAACUGUGACGGGGAGAUCCUGCCUCACACUGCCAUACAAGUCAGUGUCCAGUGGCAGUUGAUCCGGCUUUUUGCCCGAGGCAUCGAGGACCACCAGCAGUUUGUGUUUGAGGAUCCUUAAGGCUACCCCAAGCCAACAUAACAGAGUCCUGGGCCAAGACUUCAUGUUCAGGGGCUACAGAUAAAGAUUUUCAUACCACUGAAUUGUGCUGAGCGGAACCCGAGGUAUAGGCAGUUGAGCUGACCUGACCAAACCUGAGGUGAGCUGAAUGGUGCUCAGCUGAGCUGUUAUAAUUAGCUCAACCGUAACCAGAUGAGUUGAACAUUUCUGAACCUAAGUGACCUUUACCAACGUACCAACGUUCACUACAGCAUGUAGGGAUCAAAU